CUCUUUUGUUUAUUCCCUACUCUCUCUCUCUACAAAGUGUCUAUCUCCUCCUGUUGGAAUAUAGAGUGAAAUGCUCUGUAAAUGAAACCAAAACAAAUUUCUCAACAAAAUUCACAAAUAUCCACAUUUCCAUUUUAAUCUUUUUAAUUCUUUUUUGUUCAUUUUCAUCUUCAUCUUCAUCAUCAGAGACAUAAUCCAUCAGACAUCUUCACAGCUUUCUUUUCUUUUAGUUUGAGAUUUCUGUUCCUUAUAUCUCAGACAACAAGUUGUAAGAAACUUCAGUUUAUAAGAGGGAGUUUAAAACCCCACUUGAGGAAGGAAUUUUCGAGUAUAUCUUUACUCUCUGCUGCUACAUUGAUAUUGGAAGUAGCUGAACCAACAAAGCAAAUUACAUAUCUAUGGAAGAUAGUCUUCUCCAAACUGAGAACACGGUUAUGGACACUGAGUUCAUGGAUGGAUUGCUACUAGAUGGUUGCUGGUUAGAGACAACAGAUGGAUCUGUUAGCCCUUUUGAUCCAUCUUCCUUCAAGUGGCCUCCAACUCAAGAUACAUCAUCUAUCUGCACAUCAGAAGUAGUAUCUCAGACGUACGGUCAGGAUUGCGCAAGUCUUGAUGAGUUUCCAUGGAACAAAAGGUGGUGGAUUGGACCAGGUGGUGGUGGUUCUUCUAUUACUGAGAGACUGGUCCAAGCAGUUGAACACAUUAGAGAUUACACGACAGAGAGAGGCUCACUAAUACAGUUGUGGGUUCCGGUUAACAGAGGUGGUAAGCGAGUUUUGACCACAAGAGAACAACCUUAUAGCCACGAUCCUACAUGUCAGAGACUAGCAAACUAUAGAGAGGUCUCUGUGAACUAUCACUUCUCCGCUGAGAAAGAGGAUUCCAAUGCCUUAGCUGGUUUGCCUGGAAGGGUUUUCUUGGGGAAGCUUCCUGAAUGGACUCCUGAUGUUAGGUUUUUCAGGAGCGAGGAGUAUCCUAGAGUCCAUCACGCUCAGGACUGUGAUGUCCGUGGAACGCUGGCCAUUCCGGUGUUUGAGCAAGGGAGUAAGGUUUGUUUGGGUGUUAUUGAGGUUGUAAUGACUACAGAGAUGGUUAAACUAGCACCUGAGCUUGACAGUAUCUGCAGAGCACUUCAGGCAGUUGAUCUUAGGAGCACUGAAGUUCAGAUUCCACCUUCUCUAAAGGGAUGUGACUUGUCCUACAAAGCUGCAUUACCAGAAAUCAGAAACCUCUUGAGAUGUGCUUGUGAGACACAUAAACUCCCUCUAGCUCAGACAUGGGUCUCUUGUCUUCAUCAAAGCAAAAGCGGGUGCCGUCACAACGAUGAGAACUACAUCCACUGCGUGUCAACCAUUGAUGAUGCAUGCUAUCUUGGUGAUCCAACAGUCCGUGAGUUCCAUGAAGCCUGCUCUGAGCAUCACCUCUUGAAGGGACAAGGAGUUGUAGGACAAGCCUUCUUGACCAAUGGACCUUGCUUUUCACCUGAUGUCUCUAACUACAAGAAGUCUGAGUACCCUCUCUCUCACCAUGCUAAUAUUUUUGGUUUGCAUGGCUCGGUUGCAAUACGCCUACGCUGCAUUCACACUGGCUCUGUUGAUUUCGUCUUGGAGUUCUUUUUGCCUAAAGACUGUGGUGAUGUAGAGGAGCAGAGGAAAAUGUUGAAUGCUCUUUCAACUAUUAUGGCUCAUGUGCCUAGAAGCUUAAGGAUUGUUACAGAUAAGGAGCUAGAAGAUGAGAGUGAAGUGAUAGUGACGCCAAAGAUAGAGAUCACAUCUGAACAUACCAAAGAUUGGUUACACCAAAGUAAUAAUCCAGAGAAUCUUGGAUUAAUAUUUGACGUGGGAGACAAGGCAAGUGAUGAGUUUGGUUUGAAAAGAGGUUUUGGUUACACCAGAGACUCUAAUAUCAAUGAGAGCAGCACUUUCUCUAGUAAGAUGGCUGAGACAAAGCGUACAAAAGCUGAUAAGACGAUCACAUUGGAUGUUCUUCGACAGCACUUCGCAGGGAGUCUGAAAGAUGCAGCCAAGAACAUCGGUGUUUGUCCAACGACGUUGAAGAGAAUAUGCAGGCAACAUGGUAUACAGAGAUGGCCUUCAAGAAAGAUCAAGAAAGUGGGACAUUCUCUUCAGAAGAUCCAACGAGUGAUUGAUUCUGUUGAAGGUGUUUCAGGUCUUCUUCCCAUUGGCUCCUUCUACGCAAACUUCCCUAACUUAGCCUCGUCACAGGAACCAUCCCUACAAGGCAAAACCUCUCUUCCUCCACAGCCAUUGCAGCUUUCAAAGUCACCUGUUUCCCCAUACAGUCACAGUUCAAGCUCCAGCCAAUGUUGCUCCAGCGAAACCCAAUUAAACAGCGACACAACAACAACAACUGAUGUAGGAGGAGGUGUAUUGACUCUUUCUAGUUUAGAAAAAAUCCCUCAAAGUACCAACUUGUCAUUGUCAUCUCUAGAUAAUGACUUUCUGAGGAUUAAAGUUAGCUAUGGAGAAGAGAAGAUCAGGUUUCGGAUGGGGAACUCGCGCAGGUUAAGUGAUCUACUGUGGGAGAUAGGGAAGCGGUUUAGCAUAGAGGAUAUGAGCAGGUGUGAUCUAAAGUACUUAGAUGAAGAUAAUGAAUGGGUUUUGUUGACUUGUGAUGAAGAUGUAGAAGAGUGUGUAAGUGUCUGCAGUACCACACGGAGUCAUACCAUUAAGCUUCUGCUUCAUGUUUCUUCUCAUUGUUACAAUUCAUGGCAAUGACCUUUUUUAAUGUUUACAACUGUUCAUAAUUGUCAUAUUCUUAUACAAUGUAGGAAAAAUAAGUAUAAGAAUUUUUUUUAUUAAA